AAAUGGUAUAGAAAGAAUAUUUUGGAGCGAUUGUUGUCAGAGGCCAGUAUCCUGAUGUCUCUCCCGUCGAAAGUUUGCCUUCACCAGCUGAAGCUGCUUUCACAUCAUCAGCUUUCCUAGGGUUCCCAAACUCAACAAUUUCUCCCAAUUCCACCACCAUCAUCGUCAUCUACGUUUCUGCUCAAUCAAUGGCCAUGCUGGUGUUAGGCUUCUGGCAUGUCAAAUGGUCAUGACUACUCUGCCAACCAUGAAGACUCAAGUGCAAAGGGCGAAAAUGGUGAAGGAGAACUGCACACAUCAAAAGAUCUUCUAAAGAAACUGAAGAGAUAUGGAAUUUCUGGAAUAUUAUCCUAUGGACUCCUGAAUACUGCAUACUAUCUUACAACGUUUCUCUUGGUAUGGGCCCUUGCACUUGCUCCUAUUGUAGAUAGAGGAUUGUCAUGGUUUACAGUAAAAUUCAAGUUUGAAUCUCAGGGAAAGGCUUUCAUGGCGAUUGUCGGAUUUUGUUUCGGGUUAGCUCUCAUUCUAUUCUUCAUUGUAACAUUGCUUUGGGCAUGACACAUUUUUCAGCAUUUUUCUUAGUCAUCCUGGCGGAGAAACUCUUUCAUUAACUAGCAUUUUUGAAUCUCAUCAAUGUUAAUUUUUUUUUUUUCAUAGUUCAGUCAGUUAUAUCUCGUCUUCAUUUCACUAUGAAUUGUAGAAUCUAAGAAAUCUCACAAUGAAAUCUAACAAUUUUGCUUA